AUGGCACCAGGAGCUCCGCGCCUCGCGCUGCUCCUCCUCGUCCAGCUGCGCUGCGCCUCCCUGCUGCUCCUCCCGCUGCACGGAGCGCCAGCAGCGCGGCGGGACGGGCAGGAGGCGAGCAGCAAGCUGGACGCGCUGCUCCACCUGAAGGAUUUACCUCGAGGUCCCGCUGUGGCUCCGCACAAGAAGGCGCCUCAGUUCAUGUUGGAUCUGUUUAACGCAGUGACGCUGUCCAGCGGCUCCCCGAGGAGCCAGAAGGAGAUCCUGGAGGGAAACAUUGUCCGCAGUUUCGAGGAUAAAGGUCAUGAUGGAGAGAGAUUUCACUUCUUCAACCUGUCGUCCUUCGGCAGAGAGGAGAGGAUGAUCAAAGCAGAGUUCCGCUGGUUCAGAAAAAAACAGAAGUUUUACCUCGGAAAGUCAUUCGGACCCCAUUUUUAUAAGGUGGACCUGUAUGAGGUUCUGGACAGCAGAGUGAAGCCUUGGAGAGGAAACCUGGUCACGUCCAGACUGGUUCCUCUCUACACGCAGGGCUGGGAGGUCUUCAACCUCACCCAGAUGGUGUCUAAGUGGAUCCGUAACAGUCAGGAGAACAACGGGAUCCUGGUGGUGACCACGUUUCCUUCCGGCAGCUGGAUGGAGUCGGUGGUGGCGAAGCGUCACGGCGAGCUGCCGGACACUAACGCUUACCUGGUGAUCUUCUCAGACGACGGCAGGACGGGAGCCUCCAACCAGUCCUUCCUCGGACAACCCCGCCCAGCAGCAGCAGCUCCUGAGCUCCAUCGCAGCCGGAGACGGCGAGCGUCUCCAGGCGUGGCGGCCCAGGGACGCCCCCAGUCCUGCCAGCGAGUUCCUCUCUUCGUGGACUUUGAGGAGAUCGGCUGGUCCGGAUGGAUCAUCUCCCCCCGAGGAUACAACGCCUACCACUGCCGAGGCUCCUGCCCGUUCCCUCUGGGGGGGAACCUGAAGGCCACCAACCACGCCACGGUGCGCUCCAUCAUGCACGCCCUGAAGCUGUCCAGCGAGGAGGUGGGGGCGCCCUGCUGCGUCCCCGACAGACUCCAGUCCAUCAGCCUGUUAUACUUCGACGACGAGGAGAACGUGGUGCUGAAGCAGUAUGACGACAUGGUGGCGUUAAGCUGCGGCUGCCACUGACUUCCUGUU